CCAGGCACCGGUGGCGUGGGUUUCCCUUGUCAAAGUGGAAACUGUUUCUGCUGUUUAAACUACAAAAUAGUGGAUAGCUGGUAAUUUAGGUCAAAAUGACGGAGCGGAAAGGAACAGCGAAGUUGGACUUUCUGAGGAAAAUUGAGCUUGAAAUCCAGGAGAAAUGGGAGAAGGAGAAAGCAUUUGAGCAUGAUGCCCCAACAACAAUUGGGGAAAGCACAAACAAAAACAAGUACUUUGUCACCUUCCCCUACCCAUAUAUGAAUGGUCGAUUGCACCUUGGCCAUACAUUCAGCUUGUCAAAGUGUGAGUUUGGCAUUGGUUAUCAGUCUCUGCGAGGCAAGAAGUGCCUCUUCCCCUUUGGGCUGCACUGCACAGGAAUGCCAAUCAAAGCCUGUGCAGACAAGCUGAAGAGAGAGAUGGAGCUCUAUGGAAACCCUCCACAGUUUCCAGACGAGGAGGAAGAAGAGAAGGAGAAGCCAAAGACAUCUGAUGAAAUCAUCAUCAAGGACAAAGCAAAGGGCAAGAAGAGUAAAGCAAUGGCCAAAGCUGGAUCCUCCACUUUCCAGUGGGACAUUAUGAGGUCUUUGGGCCUAAAUGACAAAGAGAUUGUCAGCUUUGCCAAUGCUGAACACUGGCUGGAAUACUUCCCUCCUCUGGCUGUUAAAGACCUCAAACAGAUGGGUGUAAAGGUGGACUGGAGGCGUUCAUUCAUCACCACAGAUGUGAACCCCUUCUACGACUCCUUUGUCAGGUGGCAGUUUGUCACACUGAAGGAGAGAAAAAAGAUCAAGUUUGGCAAAAGGUAUACCAUCUACUCCCCCAAGGAUGGGCAGCCAUGCAUGGACCAUGACAGGCAGACAGGAGAGGGAGUUGGACCUCAGGAGUACACACUCAUCAAGAUGAAGAUAAUUGAGCCGUACACAGCAAAAUUCAAAUCUAAAGUCUUUUACAGCAGCGGCAUGAAAGGUAAAAACAUCUUCCUGGUGGCUGCCACUCUGAGACCAGAGACCAUGUUCGGUCAGACCAACUGCUGGGUGAGGCCCGACAUGAAGUAUGUCGCCUUUGAGACAACGAGUGGAGACAUCUUCAUCUGCACCAGCAGGUCUGCCAGGAACAUGUCUUACCAGGGCUUCACCAAAGAGAAUGGAGUGGUGCCAGUGAUCAUGGAAAUACUUGGACAGGAUAUCCUUGGAAGUGCCCUGAGUGCUCCUCUGACGUCCUAUAAGGUUAUCUACGCUCUGCCCAUGCUCACCAUCAAGGAGGACAAAGGUACUGGAGUAGUUACCAGUGUUCCUUCUGACGCUCCUGAUGACAUCGCUGCUCUCAGGGACAUCAAGAAAAAGCAGGCUCUGCGAGAGAAGUAUGGAAUUGAGGACAAGAUGGUGUUGCCUUUUGAGCCGGUCCCUAUCAUAGAGAUCCCAGGCUACGGUAACCUGUCGGCUCCUCUGGUGUGUGAUGAGCUGAAAAUCCAGAGCCAGAAUGACAAAGAGAAGCUGGCUGAGGCCAAGGAGAAAGUCUACCUGAAAGGAUUUUAUGAAGGGAUCAUGCUGGUUGAUGGUUACAAGGGGCAGAAGGUCCAGGAUGUCAAGAAGCCCAUCCAGAAGAUGAUGGUGGAGAAGGGUGAGGCCAUGCUGUACAUGGAGCCAGAAAAACAGGUGAUGUCGCGUUCAGCUGAUGAGUGUGUUGUGGCUCUCUGUGACCAGUGGUAUUUGGACUAUGGGGAUGCUGAGUGGAAGCAGCAGGCCAAUGAAGCGCUCAAGUCUUUGGAAACAUUUUGUGAAGAGACCAGGAGAAACUUUGAGGCAACUUUGGCCUGGCUGCAGGAGCAUGCCUGCUCUCGUACCUACGGACUUGGAACGCGGCUGCCUUGGGAUGAGCAGUGGCUGAUUGAGUCUCUAUCGGACUCUACCAUCUACAUGGCUUACUACACUGUAGCCCACCUUCUCCAGGGAGGUGUGCUCAAUGGACAGGGAGCCUCACCACUGGGCAUCAAGCCAGAGCAGAUGACCAGAGAGGUGUGGGACUUCAUCUUCUUUAAGACGUCUCCUUUCCCCAAGACGGACAUCCCUAAAGAGCAUCUACAGAAGCUGAGGAGGGAGUUUGAGUACUGGUACCCCGUCGACGUCCGUGUGUCUGGCAAAGACCUGGUUCCCAACCACCUGUCGUACUACUUGUACAACCAUGUGGCUAUGUGGCCCAAAGACAACGGGAAGUGGCCACAAGCAGUGCGAGCCAAUGGACAUCUGCUCCUUAACUCUGAAAAGAUGUCCAAAUCAACUGGAAACUUCCUCACUCUCACCCAAGCCAUUGACAAGUUCUCAGCAGAUGGUAUGCGUCUGGCUCUUGCCGAUGCCGGCGAUACAGUGGAAGACGCCAACUUUGUAGAAACCAUGGCUGAUGCAGGCAUCCUGCGUCUCUACACCUGGGUGGAGUGGGUGAAGGAGAUGAUCGCCAACCAGAACAACCUGAGGACAGGACCUGCUGACACCUUCAACGACCGGGUCUUUGCCAGUGAGAUGAAUGCAGGCAUCUUAAAGACAGAGCAGCACUACGACAGGAUGAUGUACAAGGAGGCUCUAAAGAGUGGAUUCUUCGAGUUCCAGGCAGCCAAAGAUAAGUACCGUGAGCUGGCUAUCGAGGGCAUGCACAGAGACCUUGUCUUCCAGUUCAUAGAGAGACAAACGCUGCUGCUGGCCCCUAUCUGCCCGCACCUUUGUGAAUACACAUGGGGUCUGCUGGGCAAGACCGGUUCUCUGAUGAAGGCAUCGUGGCCUGUGGCGGGUCCAGUUGACGAGAUUCUGAUCCGUUCUUCUCAGUACUUGAUGGAGACCGCACACGACCUCCGACUGCGAUUCAAAGCUUACAUGCUUCCCCCAAAGAACAAGAAAGGUGACUCAAAGCCCCCAGCCAAGCCCUCCCACUGCACCAUCUACGUAGCCAAGAGCUACCCUCCGUGGCAGCACAGUGCCUUAUCCCUGCUCGGCAAGCACUACAAGAACAACAACGGGGCCCUUCCAGACAACAAAGUGAUAGCAAGCGAGUUGGGGGCCCUGCCUGAACUGAAGAAAUACAUGAAGCGAGUCAUGCCUUUUGUAGCCAUGAUCAAGGAGAAUCUGGAGAAGAACGGGCCCAGGGUUUUGGAUCUGGAGCUGGAGUUUGAUGAGAGGACAGUUCUGAUGGAGAACUUGGUCUACUUAACCAAUUCUCUGGAGUUGGAGCAGAUAGAUGUCUUGUUUGCAUCUGAGGCUGAUGACAAAGUGAAGGAGGACUGUUGCCCAGGGAAACCGUUCAGUGUUUUCAGAUCAGAGCCUGGAGUGUGUGUGUCUCUGCUCAACCCUCAGCCAUGCAACGGCAUGUUUUCUACAAAGGUUGACAUCCGGCAGGGGGACAGCAGGGACAGCAUCAUCCGUAGACUAGCCAAGGUCAACAGACUCAUCAAAGACCUGUCCAGAGUGAAGCUGAUGAGGUAUGAGGACCCCAUGCUGGGGCCUCGCCGGGUGCCCGUCCUGGGACAGGAGGAACAGGGCAAACUGCCCAUCUCCAACAAAUCUGUGUUCAACAUCAAUCUGGAGGAGAAGAGAGUCACUCUGGCUGACAACGGUCUCACUGUGGACAUCGGAGACACUCUGGUUUAUCUGGUUCAUUAGAGUAACAUUCACUCUGUCUGUCUGUCUCUCUCUCUCUCUCUCUCUCUAUCACACACACACACACACACACAGACACACAGAGAGGCACACGGGGGCACAUUCAGCAAUGAAUCACUUGUGACAGGUUCAAAUGCAUCAUGAAAUAUUAUAAUAAAAAUGGGCAUUUUGACUCAAAGCCAUAGAACACUGACUCAGAAGUGCAUGGUAAUAAUUAAUGUUUCCGUAUUUGCACCAUUAGCUACAGCAUGUGGUGUUUUGAUUUGAAAAAUAUUCUCCCUCUCGCUGUCACUGAAUUUUCCCUCUUCAUCUUGUCACUGCUGAAUGUGACCUCAGGGAAUUUCUGUAUCUCAUGGGACCUGAAAGAUUUGCCUUUUCUUUUUUUUUUUUUUAAAACAGCUCAUACAGUUGAGGUACAUUCAGAUCUGGGGUUGGUCUGGACAAAACAGAGAUGGUUCAGGGUUGUUAUAACCCUAUCCCACUGAUAAAAUUCUGAGACUGUUGGGUCCUUGAUACUUAAAUUAGGUUCUUUAAUGGUGAGAAGAAACCUACAAUUUUGAAGAAAAAAAAAAGUUCCCUUAACGCUUUGGUAUCGGAGUAUAACACCAGGAUUUAUAUUCCGUUUCGUCUUUUCAUUGUCUGUCAGGUUAAAAUUGAACCUCAUCAGUUCAGUCCUGUUUGAUAUGACGCAGAAUAAAUACAUUAACUAUUUGUAUUAUAAAGCUUUUGAAUAUUGUUUUUUUUCUGAAAGGGAAUGAACAAACAUCUACCACUGUGUCCUAUUUUGUCGCUGACCAACCACUUAUUUUAUGUUAUUACGUAAAAUGAGGUUGCUACUGCAUCUGCCCCAAUGCCCCUUGUUUUCAUAUAGAUGGUGAUGCGUCUGCUGUGUUGUUUUAUACAUCGAAGGUGAGGCAUAUCGUUCAUUCGUGUUUUGUCAGCCCGUCAGACCGGUUUCCUAUUUUCUAGCUGUGGAUGGCACAUGUCUGACUCGUGCUUUUCCAGAGACAUAAUAAAUCUGAUAAAAUAUUCA